UAAUAUUUAUGCACCGUGACCACAGUCAUUAUCCACACACUAAAUCAUGGACAUCGACAAGCUUUUCAAAGUGCCCAAGCUUCCUGCAAGCUCGAAGCGGAAGAUGCCAGACAAUCCUACCCCGGCGAUGCUGAAGAAGAUGCGUCUCGAAACUCCCUCAAGUGGAGACUCAGAGGAUUCAGCCAUGGACAUUGACAUGCCUGAAAGCAGCUCAGCUGCUAGCCGACAGUCGCGACGCGCAACUGUAGAAGACGACGAAGGGGUUGACACCUCGUUUGCUCCAGGGGGUGACGCGGACUACUUUGUUGAAGAGGAUGAAGAAGGACGGUUCUACGGAGGAGGACUGACUUCCGAGCAAAAGCAAAUCUUGAGUAUUUUUGAGAGUGCUGAAGGAGAGGGAACAUCGGAAGACCCAGAAGGAAUAUCGAUCACAAGCAUAAGAAGAACGCUACUGAAGUUUGAGCGAGCUGUCAACAAAAACCAAGACCAACGCUCGAAGUACCCGGACGACCCAUCAAAGUUCAUCGACUCUGAAGCAGACCUCGAUAGUGCGCUUAAAUCUCUUUUGUCUUUGGCACAGUCUCCUGUGCUAGCCUACCCGGAACUCGUGCGCUCGGGUUCUGUCAGUUUGCUCAUCGGACUCCUUAGCCAUGAGAACGCUGACAUCGUCAUCGACGUUGUUGAUGUGAUCCAUGAGCUAACCGACGAAGAUGUUGGGAAUGAGCUAGAAGAUGAGGAGGAGCAAGAGGAAGCCCAGGUAGCGUUGAAGACCCUCAUCGAAGCUUUGUUAGAGAAUUCAAUUUUGGAGUUGCUUGUUGAUAACCUCUCGCGUUUAAACGAGGCAGAAGAAUCCGACAGACAGGGCGUCUUUCAUAUUCUCGGCGUAUUCGAAAACAUGCUUGGCUUUAACCCUGACCUUUCCCUCAUACUGGUAUCAAAGACCAAGAUGAUGAAUUGGUUACUCAACCGCGUCCAAUCCAAGACCCAUGACGAAAACCGUGGUUAUUCAGCGGAAUUACUUUCUAUCCUCCUACAGAAUAAUGCAGUGAAUCGUCAAGAUUUCGGCAACAAAGAUGGCGUCGAAGUCGCUCUUAAAGUUCUUUCUCAAUUCCGGAGGCGUGACCCAGUUGAUGCAGACGAGACCGAAUUUAUGGAGAACUUGUUCGACGCUCUUUGUUCUGCGUUGGCCGAGCCUGAAGUCAAGUCCUUGUUCAUCGCGAGCGAAGGCGUUGACCUCAUGGUUCUUAUGAUGAGAGAGAAAUUGCAAUCGAAAUCGAGAGCAAUUAAAACUCUCGAUUAUGCGAUGUCUGGCGCAGCAGGCACCGCAAUUUGCGCAAACUUUGUCGAGGUCCUCGGACUGAAAACGCUCUUUGCUGCUUUCAUGGGCAAGGCCUCAAAGAAAUCUAAAUCAAAUGCGCCUACAGCAGCUUCCGAAGAUACUCCACAUAUCCUUGGCAUUAUCUCCUCAUUAUUUUCAAACACUCCAUCGGACUCUCCAGAUCGAAUACGUUUGCUUGCCAAGUUUGUGGAAAAUAACUAUGAGAAAGCCGACAAACUACUCGAGGUGCGGGAAAAUGCUCAUAAUCGCCUGAAAGUUGUGGACUCAGAGAUAGAGGUGGAGAAAAAGGAAACCCUUGCUGGAGGUGGUGAAAUUGAGCCAGAAGACGAGGAUCUGUUUUAUCUACGCCGACUGGAAGGCGGAUUGUUCACGCUGCAGACAGUCGAUUACAUCCUCGCAUGGGUAGUCAUGGAGGACGAUGGAAUUCGCGGUCAUAUCACACAAAUGCUUGAACGAAAGAACCAGUCCUUGAAAGAUAUCAUCUCAACCCUUCAAAUAUACCGCGACAACCUCGACGUUGACAUCCAGAGUAACGGUGCAGCCACUGAUCACGCUCCAGAAGACGGAGCACUGUCACAGAAGGAAAUCCUUCAACAUCUUAUCGAGUUCCUGCAUGAAUGUUCAUGACGGACACGAGGCAUUAAAAUAUAUAGCAAUAUACGCGUAGAGUACAGUCGUGUGGCUUCCUAUGCGGCAGUCAGUGUAGCGGACGCGAAAAUCAUUUCGAGUGCGCCUUUUGUUUUGACCAGUUCUUUUUGGAACCGAAUCUCAGCAAGGACUUUCUUUCGUAGUCGCAUGAAGAGCGAAUCGAUGAGUGGUGACUGUCCAAGCACCAGCGUGUACAUUUCUGCAUAAAUAAGUCAAGUCAGCAAAAGCGCAAGGCAAUCAAUCACGUACCGAUAACUAGACUUGAGACAUCGCACACCAUUUCACCGAAACGGGGAUCAGUGACAUGUUUCACAAGAAGACGCAAGACUGGUUCCAAAAGGACAUCAUCU